CUCCCAGGCGGGGACGUAUAGUAUGACCUAAGAAGCCCACCCCUCACCCCUCUGGAUAUUUUACCAAUGUAGAUGUGCAAAUAGCUGCAGGAUUUCCUAUUCCCAGAAACGCAGAUUUCAGUCGACCUUCAAGGCCUCCACUUCAUCCUUUGAAGCAGGUAUCGAAUGUUUCUGAAAUUACCAUUUGGAUAUAUUUAAGGGCAUUUUAAAAACUGCGAGACACACUCCAGGAAUUAACCCCAACAAGUCUUACCGGUUGUGCCGACACUCAAUAGGAGGCGAGCUUCAGAUCGCUGAGCUGUGGCUGCUGUGCGUCUGACUGCGGGGAGUGAUUCCGUCCUUCUUCCUCACCUGCUCCGUUUAAAAACAACACCAAGGAAUACCUCUACUAAACAACAUGUAUUUUACAACAAAGAUUUAGAAAGCAAGGAUCUGCUUGAAGUCAUGAACAACCCUGCUCCAGAAGCUGUGGCAGCCUACCCGGCUGGAGGUGCUGUGGAUAAAGAUGCCAAUCCUGAAACAACCCUGGGAAGCGCCUACUCUCCGGUGGACUACAUGAGCAUCACAAGCUUCCCCAGACUUCCAGAGGAUGAGAUGUCUGGAGAAAACACCCUCAAAAGCCGCAAAGAUGAUGACAACGUCCUGAGUGAGCAGGACACAGACCCAGAUCUGUUUCUGAAGUCGGCUCGCCUGCAGCGUCUCCCCUCCUCAGCUUCAGACCUGGCCGGCCAGGAUGUUGCCUCGCUCAGGGAGACCACCAUUGACCCUUUUACAGAGGACUGUGCCUGUCAGCGGGAUGGCCUGACAGUCAUAAUCACAGCCUGUCUCACCUUCGCUACUGGGGUCACCGUGGCUCUUAUAAUGCAGAUCUACUUUGGCGAUCCACAGGUCUUUAACCAGGGAGCAGUGGUGACGGAUGUAGCUCAGUGUACAUCUCUUGGGUUUGAUGUUUUGGCAAAGCAAGGGUCCAGUGUGGAUGCUGCCAUUGCUGCUUCUCUAUGUUUGGGAAUUGUGCAUCCUCACACCUCUGGCAUUGGAGGUGGAGGUGUUAUGUUGGUUCACAACAUCCGUAAAAAUGAGACAAGAGUGAUUGACUUCAGAGAGACCGCACCAUCUGCCAUCAAUGAAGAAAUGCUUCUCACAAACCUCGACCUUAACUCUGGAUUAACCGUAGGAGUGCCAGGAAUGCUAAGCGGGAUGCAUCAAGCUCACGAGCUUUACGGCAGGUUACCAUGGAAGGAUGUUGUUUCCAUGGCAGCAGAUGUUGCCAGAAAUGGAUUCAAUGUGACUCAUGAUUUGGCGGAAGCUCUGAAUAAAGUGAAGAAUCAGAAUGUGUCAGAUGCAUUUCGGGAUUUGUUCCUGCCCAACGGUCAGGCUCCCCUGUCAGGACUGUUUACCAGACGUCUUGAUUUAGCAGCCAUUUUGGAUGCCGUUGCAGAUAAAGGAAUAUCAGAGUUCUAUACUGGGGACCUGACAAAGGAAAUGGUGGCUGCAGUGGAAGCUAGAGGCGGUGUCCUGAUGGAGGAGGACUUUGGGAACUACAGUACUGUCAUACAAAAGCCAGCAGAGAUCACCUAUCAAGGACAUCAUGUCAUGGCAGCCCCAGCCCCACAUGCGGGUGUUGGUUUGAUCACUGCACUCAACAUCCUUGAAGGCUACAAUAUUACGAGCCAAAUGCCCAGGAAUAGCACCUACCACUGGAUUGCAGAGGCUGUGAAGAUAGCAUUGGCCCUUGCCAGUGGGCUAGGAGACCCUAUGUUUGACGCUUCGGUAUCAGAGAUUGUUGAUAAUAUGCUAAGUAAACCACAGGCUUCCGUUCUUCGCCAGAUGAUCAGCGACUCCCAAGCGUUCCCUGUCAGCCAUUACACUUCAGCAUUUACAAUGGAAGAUGGUGCAGCAGCUGCACAGGUCAUGGUCAUGGGCCCAGAUGACCACAUUGUCUCAGUUGUCAGCUCACUCAACAAACCGUUUGGCAGUGGAAUAGUGACGUCUUCAGGAAUCCUGUUGAAUAGCCAGAUACUGGACUUUUCUUGGCCUAAUAAAACACUGAGCUCAUUACCUAACCCUCAUAACAGCAUACAGGCUGGAAAAAGGCCCAUGUCCUUCCUGAUGCCCACAGCAGUGAGGCCAGCUGUGGGGUUAUGCGGCACAUAUGUAGCUGUUGGUUCUUCAAAUGGAGAGAAAGCUCUCAGUGGCAUCACACAGGUACUAAUGAAUGUUCUGUCUUCACGCAAAAACAUGAGUGACAGUUUAGCUUAUGGAAGACUCCACCCACAGCUGGAGCCAAACACACUCCUGGUGGAUGCCGAGUUUUUAGAGGACGACGUGGAGCUGCUGCAGGCGAAAGGACACAUGGUUGAAAGGAUGGACAUUCUUUCCUUGGUGGAGGGCACACGGAGAACCAAUGAUCUCAUCAUCGGGGUGAAAGAUCCCCGUAGUGCCGAUGCCUCUGCCCUCACUAUGUCCAAUAUGCCUUAGUUCAUUGCUACCUCCAUCAUUCUGAUAUUUCUCCAAGGAAGGAAGUAAGGUUGUUUGCUAAAUGAAAAUCUUAAUGAAUUAACUUUGAAAAAAUCUUACAACAUGAAGGUUUUUUUGAACUAACAUGGUAAGAAGCUAAUCCACUUUUAAAAUGCUAAAACACUCACAAAGAAAAUUAUAAAGUAGCUCCACUUUAAUGUUGUUGGUAGUAGUGCACCUAGUGUCACAGCAUCAAGUGGCUCCCUGUCACAGCAUAUCCAAUUAUCAAAGUGCACGAACAUCCCAGAAAUGGCGUAAAAGUCAGCUGCUUGUAUUAUACACGGUGAUGUAAAGUUUUGUUGAAUCAAUGUGAUGCAUUUUAAGGAAGGGAAACAGAAGUAUGAACAGUAUGGUGAAGUUUAUUCCAAAGGUGGUGAAGAUGGAGGUAUUUUUCACUAUUUAAGUUUUUAAGUUGUGGCAUAGAGGUGUUUUGCACUAGAAAUGGACCUUCAGGACUUUUGAGGGAUUUUUUUUUUUUUAUCAGAGAGAAAAUCUCCUAGACCAAAAAGUCAUAAUUUAUAACACAGGCAUGGCAUGCACUAUAAUGAACUGCUUUGUUACUGCAUUUCACUUUUUAAAACAAAUAACAACAGAGGUCUGUGUGCAAAGUUUUACAGCUGUUACAAAGCCGUGCUGCGAUUUACAGAGCAUUAGCAUCCCAAAACGAACACAUUAGCUCUUCUGCUCUUUUUGUGGCUUGUAAAUGUGAUUAAAUGUUAUUUGGUAAAGUAACUGGAUCUUUAACUGUUGCAUUGACAUGCUGGGACCAUGUUGAGACACUAACACAAAACAUGUGUUCUCCAAUCUAACUUUACAUAAACCCUUCAGUUCCGUUUUUGUUACUAAGAUAAUUUAAAUAGGUUCACUCUUGGUUUUAGAUGUAAAUAAUUGUGAAAUGCAGGUAAACUAAUUUGAUAGAAAAAAGAAGAUUAAUUUGAAGGUAAUAUGUUCUCAAAAUGGGAAUGCUUGUAUUAUUUUGAAAUAACUUAAUGUGAUUUCUAUUUUUAUAGUAAUGUUUAUUUAGAUCUACACCACAGUAUCGUUAUUGUUGCACAUACUUAUCAGUGCGCCUGAUUUGUGAAGCGGUGCCGAUGUGUUGUACAAGCAAACUUUGUUUGCAUAUUUUAUCACUGUAACAUAAAUACUAAUCUCAACUGAUCACAGUAGUUCUGUUUUUUAAGAUUUGGAUGGUUUGGUGGUUACACUUUUGCACGACUGAUGUUAGCUUUUUUCUGUGUCGAUGUAUGCUUUUCUUUUUUAAUGAACUCAAUCCAAAACACAGGAAAUGAAACAGCACACGUCCAAACAAUAAAGAAUGU